AUGCAGGAAUCAGAAGCGCAAAUUGAAGGAGUGAAUGUGGCAUUCAAAGAACCGGUGCAUAAAAGUCUAGAUCGGAUUAAGAACGAGUCGUUCUUCAGGUGGCCGAACAAGAUGGGGGGCGACCCAUCUCGGAGGAAUCAAAACUUGUACUGCACAUACCACAUAGACAAAAGGCACACCACCGAGCAAUGUCGAGUAUUAAAAGAUAAUCUGGGGCAACUAGUAAAGGCAAGGUAUUUGAAAGAGUUCGUAGUGGAUUCCGGUAACCGAGAUGCCGGCCAGGGUGCUCUGCAGAAAGGGAAUCCCCUCCCACCACCGUUGGGAGUGAUCGAGGUUAUCCACGCUGCCCCGAGGAGUGCGGCCACAGUUAGAAGAGUAUUGACAGUGGCCUGCGCGGAGGGACAAUCACCCGAGAAAAGGAUGAAAGUUGGUCGGCUGACAAUCUCUUUUGACGAGGAAGAUUUAGAGGUGACGAUCCAACCUCAUGAUGAUGCAUUGGUAGUAACAGCACGGAUAAACGGCUUCUUGGUGAAAGGAGUGAUGAUAGACCAGGGAAGCGGAGCUGAUGUAAUGUACCCAGAUUUGUUCGAGGGGCUCGAAUUAAAGAAUCAGGACUUGGUGAAAUAUGAUACGCCGUUGGUCUCGUUUGACGAAAAAUUGGUGAUUCCCAAAGGUCAAAUUUUUCUCUCGGUGAAUAUGGAAGGUAAGGAAGUAAUGGUGACCUUCAUAGUAGUCAGGUCGUUCUCGCCGUACACUGCAAUCCUAAGAAGGUCGUGGAUUCACGCAAUGAAGGCUAUUCCGUCCACCCUGCACGUGAAAGUUAAAUUUCCCACCGAGUAUGGAGUUGUCGUGGUACGGGGAAACCAGCGAGUGGCUAGGCAGUGUCUGGUCACCGCGGUCAGGUGGAAGGGCGAACAAGUUGGACAAACAGAAUCCACCGAAAUAGCAACUUUAUAG